CUCAAGAAAUAUAUCCUGAUCAAGGAAUUCUGGGAAGUGGACGAGUCUGAUUGGCCAGCGAAUGUGGCUGAUAUGGCUAAGCUUCCCCCACUGAGAAUAGUGGAGAGAACAAGAGCGGCCUUUUUGCCCGAUCCGAUGGAAUGGGAUAUGCUGGCUGCCGUAGGGCAGUGUGUUGGUCGCCAGGUCGCCGAACCUUGUGAUCGCUGCAAAGCCGGGAACGGAGGCUUCAGUGGAGGCUGUAUCCUUCCACCCCUGGGAAUACAAAAUUUGAAGAAGCCUUGGUGCUGCUUGUGCUGCCAGUACCAGUGGCAGUAUGGUAAUUGCUCUUUCGAACCACCUGAAGAAAGAAAAAAGAGAUUAAGUAAGAAAAACAAAAGAGGAAAGAAGGUGAAGAAAGCUCAGGUGAAGAAGACCAAGGUGAAGAAGACCCAAGGAAAGAAAACGCUGGGAAAGAAAGCUCUGGGCAAGAAGACUCUAGGCAAGAAAACUCAGGGCAAGAGAACUCAUGGAAUGAAGACUCGCGGUCAUCGUAGUUAAAUGAUAGGUGCAUGACUACCUAAGCAAGCCGCUUCCCCGUAAGGAAUUGAUGUAUUCUUAGCACAACUUUCAAUUCCAAAUAAAAUUGUCUCCGAAAAACUGGAGUAAAUCAUGCUUAA